GCUCCGGGCUGCGAGGACGAGCCAUGGGGUGUUUAACGCAAACAAGUCCGGGGCAAGCGUGUCUCUGCACGAUGCUCACAUCAAGGUUGUCUGUGCCCAGCCUGCCCCAUCGCUGGAUGCCCGGCGUUACCAUGUUCGCGUUGAUCGCCUGUGUGGUCGCCUGCGCUGCUGCGGGCGAGGAUGCGGUCCCGGGGAGCGCGGUGGCGGGGGAGCAGGAGCUGGACGAGCCGGGCAGGGUGGCCUGGGAAGAGCUGGAGAAGAGCGGCGUCGCCGACAGGCACCAGGAGUCCUACAGCACGUUUGCGGCGGAAUUGUUAGAGCCGCGCUACUGGGGGGAUGAAGGUUGGUGCAGUCCUUUCAUUGUAACGAAGAAGAGAAGUUAUGCUUUCCCAUCCCCUCCUCCUGUGGAUCCUUUUGCAAAAAUACGUAUAGAUGAUUGUGGAAAGACUAAAGGCUGCUUUAGGUAUGGAAAACCUGGCUGUGAUGCAGACACGUGUGAUUAUUUCCUCAGUUACCGCAGAAUAGGUGCUGAUGUUGAAUUUGAGCUAAGUGCUGACACUGAUGGCUGGGUUGCAGUUGGAUUUUCAUCUGACAAACUAAUGGGAGGUGAUGAUGUAAUGGCCUGUGUGCAUGAUGACAAUGGCAGAGUUCGAAUCCAGCACUUUUAUAAUGUUGGUCAGUGGGCAAAAGAAAUAAAAAGAAACCCAGCCAGGGAUGAAGAAGGUAUUUUUGAGGACAAUCGAGUGACUUGUCGAUUUAAACGACCAGUGUAUGUUCCCAGAGAUGAAACUAUUAUUGACCUUCACUUGAGCUGGUAUUAUUUAUUUGCAUGGGGUCCUGCCAUACAAGGUUCAAUUACUCGACAUGACAUUGACUCUCCACCAGUAUCUGAAGAUGUUGUCAGCAUCUACAAGUAUGAAGAUGUGUUCAUGCCUUCUGCAGCUUUUCAAACCUUCUCUUCACCCUUCUGCCUGCUAUUAAUUGUUGCUCUGACUUUCUACAUAUUAAUGGGGACUCCUUAAUGAAAUCGUCGCAGAAAAAUAUUGAUAUAAAAAUACAUUUGAUCAUGAUAUUAAUGCAAUUUUGUUUCAGAAUAGAUUUAGCAUUGGAGCCUCGUGAAUGUAUGAUAUGACAAUAUAUUGGAAUAAUAAUCAGGAAUUGGUCAAAUGAAAGCUAUUUGUGAAAAGUAGGAAUUAUAGUUUCAAAUCCAUGGUUCACUGGUUGAUCGGUGCGGCUUAGGGAGUCCCUAUUUGGACAGAGUAUGAGGGCACCCUUGCCUAUCACUGUCAUCAUGUGCUGCAUGUGCCAAGGAAUGCAUACCUGAAAGACUGUGACUGUUACUGUGAACGUGAUUUCCUAGCUAACAUGCUAAGUAAUUGCUAAUUUAAUUGUUGUACUUAUACUUUGUAGGAUAUUUUUAUUUUACAAGGUUUGUUGAAAACUUAUUGUACCAGAUGUUGUCAUUUUAAACACUGAGUUGUGCCCAAAAUGUAAGAAUGUUUGUACAAAAUAAGUUUUAUUAAUUUUGUGUAAAUAACUAAAAGUAUUUUAUCACUAUUUAUUUGUAGAGAAUUCAAAUUGCAGUAAACUAUAGUCCAAGCUUUUAGCCUAUGUAAAGGAUAAAAUAGCCGGCAGAACAAUUGUAAAAGAAAAUCCAGAACCAAUUGAAUAUUUCUAUAAUGAAAUAUUUACGUUAAACUAAUCAUCAAUCGAAUCACAAUCAUAAUGUUAUUGUUUCUCUGGGGAUUUUCCCCAACGGUUCUCAUUAGAAUGAUUCAACUGAUGUCAUUAUAAAAUCUAAGAAUAUUAUACUUUUGAGUGAGACAAAAAUCAGUAGCAGUAUUGAAAUGUAAUAAUUCUUGCUGUGGAAUCUAUACCCAGUGUCUAGUGUGUAGGUCCCAGAACAACAAAGGAUGUCAUAUCUUUGUCCAAAAUCACAAAAUUUCAGCUAUAAAUAAAUAUGGCAUUAAGCUGUGCCAUUUUGAAAAGCAUUAGAGAAACGAUGGGAAAUUUGCAUAUCUAGACACAAAGAGGGCAGAGAAAAUCUGUAAAUGAUACAGAUCACAUGAGACAUUAAAUGUUAUUCUUCCAUAUCUAAAACUUAAUGUCAUACUUGAUCUAAAUCGUCUUAAGUUUUUUACAUUUCUACUUCACUGCAAUUUUAUAAAUAUCAUAUCGAUAAUGCAUGAUAAUGCUGUUUGCAUCCCAGAUUUUGGGAAGAGUAAAAGUCAUUUGGUCCUUGUACCUGGGAUCUUUGGGCACAUACAUGGGAACCCCCUCAUAAUAUGCUCUUGAUGCUUUGCUGCAAAAUCCAUACUUUUCAUUUAGAAAUCCGUCCAUGCUUUCUUGGAACCUUAAUUGAAUGAACACUCAUGUUAGGUAUCUAGUUACUCUUCAUCACGAAAGUUCAAAAUGAAAAGUAACUGUGUGAAGGAUUAUAUCUAGGUGAGGGAUGUCAAUAUAUUAAUCAUUUAAUUUCCUGGCAAAGGUCAUUCUUUUUUAAUAAAUUGAUGAAUGUAAUCACCUGCUUAUUGAUGGCCUUUCAGUCCAGCUAUCCUUGAUCUACUUUCGUAUUUCAUUGAAAGCUUGUGCCCACAUCAGAUGUAUAAUUUCCUGUGUGAGUCGUUUUUAUUUCAGUCCUUAAUUUUAAUGUUUUAUUGAUUAUCUGUGGCUAUGUAUCCACUAGCUAUUUUGAGGAUUGAUAAUUUAAUUGAUUACUUAGAUUGUUUUUUCACUUCAAUGAAUUUUUAAUGUUAGUGGUAUCCAAAGUGUUGGAAUAAACCAGCAGUAUCUGUG